AUGUCGUUGGAUCAUGCCCAACACCCACCACCCCCACAAUCUUACUCCUCCCCACCGGUGACCAUAAUCCUAACUGUCAUUCUCCUGGUGUUUUUCUUCGUUGGUUUCUUCUCCAUAUACUUCUGCAGGUGUAUCAUGCAAAAUAUAAUCUACACGUGGCAUUUCCGACAUAGCCCUUCUGGCACUCCCGUCGGUCCCGCAGGCUCUACCGUAGCUCGUGGACUUGAUCCUUCAAUCAUACAGUCUUUUCCCACAUUCCCAUAUUCCAGUGUUAAAGAUUUUCGAAGGGAGAAGUAUGGCUUAGAAUGUGCCAUUUGCUUGUGUGAGUUUGAAGACCAUAAUAUUCUCCGACUUGUGACAUCAUGUUGCCAUGUAUUUCAUGAAGAGUGUAUUGAUCUUUGGCUUGAAUGUCAUAAAACAUGUCCGGUGUGUCGUAUGAGCCUCGACGUUCCUGUAAAAUCGCCUGAGAAGUCUCCGGUGUCUCGUAGCAGUACCAUGCAUGAGAUAAACGAAAACCAUUCAUUAGAAGAUACUUUUAGCAUCGUGAUCAACGAUGAUCGUGAUGAAAACAAGAGAGCUGGCGAUGUCAAGGGAGAUAUAGCGGCGGCUCCUAGCACGGCCGUCCACGUUGAAGGAUACGAUAAGGUUGAAAAGUUUUCGAGGUCACACUCGACCGGGCAUUCGAUAGCUAGGGUUAAAGAAGAAGAAAAAGAGGAUAGAUUUACAUUACGAAUACCAGAAAAUGUGAAAGAAAAACUUAUAAGGGGACAUAAUUGGACGAAAAGUUGUACCACUUUCGGAGAAUACCAAAGCAAAAUGUCCACCGGCAAUGGUGGCUUCGGAGAGGUAUCUGGAUUAUCGGUCGGAGACACGAACAAUGUAUAA